AUGCCUUUAAACAUUCAGGAUUGUACAUCCAAGACCAGAGAUGAUCAGAUGGAAGCAGGUCCCGGGGUUGGAACAUGGAUAGUGCCGGUGGCAGAGCAGAGCGCUAACGACAAGCUUAUAUCUCCCGUAUGUGAAAACGCUUUAGAACUUCUCGUUGACUAUAGAUUAGUUGACAUUUUAAACCGUAGCCAAUGUUGUGUAGUUGUGUUUGGUGGUUGCCUUUUUGAUGAGCCAUACAGCACAUGUGGAUAUAGUCAAGCUGAAGAUGAUGACUUCAAUUGGGAGCAGGUGAACACCUUGACCAAACCAACUUCUGAUCCAUGGAUGCCAUCAGGCUCUUUCAUGCUGGUGAAUGCCUCUGGGAGAUCUGAAGGGCAGAGAGCCCACCUGCUGCUCCCCCAGCUUAAAGAAAAUGAUACCCACUGCAUCGAUUUUCACUAUUUUGUAUCCAGCAGGAGUAAUUCUGCUCCCGGGUUACUGAAUGUCUAUGUGAAGGUUAAUAAUGGGCCAUUGGGGAAUCCUAUCUGGAAUAUAUCUGGAGACCCAACGCGUACAUGGAAUAGGGCAGAACUGGCCAUUAGUACUUUCUGGCCUAACUUUUAUCAGGUGAUUUUUGAAGUGAUAACUUCUGGACAUCAAGGCUACCUUGCUAUUGAUGAAGUGAAGGUGUUAGGACAUCCAUGUACUAGAACUCCCCAUUUCCUGCGGAUUCAGAAUGUGGAAGUUAAUGCCGGCCAGUUUGCCACCUUCCAGUGUAGUGCCAUCGGCAGGACUGUGGCAGGAGACAGGCUCUGGUUACAGGGCAUCAAUGUACGAGAUGCUCCUCUAAAGGAAAUCAAGGUGACUAGCUCUCGACGAUUCAUAGCCUCAUUUAAUGUUGUGAAUACGACAAAACGAGAUGCUGGAAAGUACCGCUGCAUGAUUCGCACUGAAGGAGGCGUUGGAAUAUCAAACUAUGCAGAAUUGGUAGUUAAAGAACCACCUGUUCCUAUUGCCCCACCUCAGCUGGCCUCCGUGGGAGCCACAUACCUGUGGAUACAGCUCAACGCCAACUCCAUCAAUGGGGAUGGGCCCAUUGUUGCCCGAGAGGUGGAGUACUGCACGGCUAGUGGGAGCUGGAAUGACCGGCAGCCAGUGGAUUCCACCAGUUAUAAAAUUGGACACCUUGACCCUGAUACAGAAUAUGAGAUUAGCGUGCUCCUCACCAGACCAGGGGAGGGAGGCACUGGCUCUCCUGGGCCAGCUCUCAGAACAAGAACGAAGUGUGCCGAUCCCAUGCGUGGCCCAAGAAAACUAGAAGUAGUAGAGGUCAAAUCUCGGCAAAUCACUAUCCGCUGGGAGCCAUUUGGAUAUAAUGUAACUCGUUGCCACAGUUAUAAUCUCACCGUUCACUACUGUUAUCAAGUUGGAGGACAAGAACAAGUGCGAGAAGAAGUAAGCUGGGAUACAGACAACUCACACCCUCAGCACACAAUCACUAACCUGUCACCAUAUACCAAUGUCAGUGUGAAACUCAUCCUCAUGAACCCUGAGGGACGGAAGGAAAGUCAAGAACUCAUAGUACAGACAGAUGAAGAUCUUCCAGGUGCUGUUCCUACUGAAUCCAUUCAAGGAAGUACUUUUGAAGAGAAGAUAUUUCUUCAGUGGAGAGAACCAACUCAAACAUACGGUGUAAUCACCUUAUAUGAGAUCACCUACAAAGCAGUCAGUUCCUUUGACCCAGAAAUAGAUUUAUCCAAUCAAAGUGGAAGAGUUUCAAAACUGGGAAAUGAAACCCAUUUUCUGUUCUUUGGACUGUAUCCUGGGACCACAUACUCCUUUACGAUCCGAGCAAGCACAGCUAAGGGUUUUGGGCCUCCAGCAACAAACCAGUUCACCACCAAAAUAUCAGCACCCUCUAUGCCAGCUUAUGAACUUGAGACACCUUUGAAUCAAACUGACAAUACAGUGACAGUCAUGCUGAAACCUGCACACAGCAGAGGUGCACCUGUCAGUGUCUAUCAAAUAGUUGUUGAAGAAGAACGCCCUCGAAGAACUAAAAAGACAACAGAAAUCUUAAAGUGCUACCCAGUGCCAAUUCACUUUCAGAAUGCUUCAAUACUAAACUCACAGUACUACUUUGCUGCAGAAUUUCCUGCAGACAGCCUCCAAGCUGCACAGCCUUUUACUAUUGGUGAUAAUAAGACAUACAAUGGAUAUUGGAACACCCCCCUUCUCCCCCAUAAAAGCUACAGAAUUUAUUUCCAAGCUGCUAGUAGAGCCAAUGGGGAAACCAAAAUAGACUGUGUCCGAGUGGCCACAAAAGCUGCGAUAAUCGUGACUCAGCUUACAACACCUUACAUUCGCAUCGCCCCCGCUGCAGGCGACGGCCAACUAACAGGAGCUGCCACUCCAAAACCAGUCCCAGAACCCGAGAAACAGACAGACCAUACAGUUAAAAUUGCUGGAGUCAUUGCGGGCAUCUUGCUGUUCGUUAUUAUAUUUCUUGGAGUUGUGUUGAUUAUGAAGAAAAGGUGA